AACUGUCGCGGUACCACAUUAUACAAUGUGCUUACCAACUGCUGCUCCUCGAAGCUUACCUGGUUGCCCAACAAACUACAAUAAAUCCAGGAAGAAAAAUGCAUCUUCACAUGAAAAAGAAAAGCUCAAGGUUGAUAAUCAAUCAUACAACCCUUCACUACCUUCAGAUUAUAAUCUUAUUAUCUCUAAAAACGGUGAUCUUCAAGUCAAAUCAGAGAAUAAUUCAAAGGGAAAGCAAACUUAUGAGCGUCGUGAGAAGUCGCGUAUUGCAGCUAGACAGAGAAGACAUCGUGAAAAUCAGGCGCUAGUUGAAUUGUAUUUAACACUACCGAUCCAACAAAAUCUGGCUGCCGAUGUUCUCAAGAAUAAGUGUCACAAGGUUGGACAACUGGAAGGAGAUAACCCCGGGCAAAUAUUAAACGAUCUGACAGAAUCUGGUUCAUUAUUAAAUACCAUCGGAGAGCUUGAUUUCGCCCCGACUUAUCGUCUUGCUACAACUAUAUUUAGACAACACAACUUGUCCACACCAGUGCUAGAAAAAGCUGUUAUUGUGCGCAUAGCCAGCAACUCGUUAUGUUUGUAUAACUGGCUUUAUCCUUCCUCUGAACCGGGUUAGCGUCAUUUACCCACUGAAGUUUUAUUUCUCUUUUAAUUCCCAACUCUGAUCUAGUGUGUCAGAGUUAUGAGCUGUACUUUAUAUAUGCUUGAGGUCGGGCAAACAGAACCUAGCUCAUUGCCGUGUACAUGAAUGUGGCUUUUGUGCCACACUUGUUUUUAGUUUUUAUUUGGAUAUUUUUUUGUCAUAGAGGAUCGUUUUACUAAUUCCUCUCCUAUUGAAGGCUUUAUAUUGACUUAUUCAUUCGACCCAAUCUACCCAAAACUUCCAUUUAUUGAAGUUUUGUUACAUUAUGAAACCACCGAAAAGUAAUUGUAACUACAGAGAGUUAUAUCAUAAGCAUGGAAAUUACUAUAGUGAUAAAUUCCAAAAUGAAGUACUAGGAUCUGAUGGCUGACAACAGUUUCCACAUGAAUAUACAGUUUGUAUACUUAAUUCAAUGACUUACUGCAUGGUUUCAUCUUAUGAAUUUUAAGAAAGCAAAACAAACUGUUGUAGAAAAUGAAACCGAGUAUGUGGGGGGGAUAUCGUGAACAGAUAGCUUUGAAAGUAUUGCUGACGUUAAAAGUAACGGUUACACUGGAAAUUUUUAAUCUCUACGACAUACUUAGUUUUACGUGAUGAAUUUCACUUAGCAUUAUAUACUAACCCUUCACCCCUCAAAAAAUUUCAGGGAACUAAACAUCGUUUGUUCAUGUCGUAAUGGACUUUUAAUGUACUAGUAUAAUGACAUAUUUCACCCACUAGCUUUUUGAUUCAAUUAGUGAUAGUUUGGUAAGUACCUGUUUCAACUCAGUGCUUCGAGAGAACUAAGUCAAACUGUUGACAGGUUAUCCUGCUAGCCGUAUCUGUUGAUUUGAUUAAAUGGAACUAUAAAAUUACAUAAAAUAUUGAUGCAAUCAAGCUUUUUCAAUUGUAAGCACUACAAAUACAACAACUCGCUAAAUUUUCUCUGUUUUGUUUUUACUUCUAUGCUAAUAAUCAAACAGAUUUUUACUCGACGUCUUCAUUUUACGAUUGUAAUAGGUUGUACUACUACCAUACAACUUCGACACUUUCCACAUAUAAUUACUUUAUUUUCAAGUUUUAUGAAAACUCGAUAGUUUACAUAAGUUUCAAUAAGUGACGCUUUAUAUAUAGUAUUAAUUACGCUAUUACUACGUUAUUAUCUUGGACCUCUUUUUUCAUCCUUACGAAAUUCAAGAGUUUACCAUCUCGCCAGUUUUAUAGGAAUUACCAUUGGAUUUUAACACUUCUAGAUUUCGCCUUUUUUAUCUAUACUUUAUUGCCAUAAAAGUACAUAAUUCAUGAUUCUCAAAAUAAUUAUAACAUAUGGCUGGGUUGACUCUGAUAAAUAUAUACAGUCUACAUGAUUAAUUCAAUCGAUUUUAAUCUGUUAAUUUAUGGGUCUUUUUCACUAUCUUGACCAACCAGGUGGUAUUGUAAACUUUCAUACAACAACUGUAAUUCACACAAUAAAUCGAAGUAUUAUAACUUUUGAUUCGUUUAUUUCAUUUUACAGAUUCAAAUAUCAAACCACAAAAUAAAUUACCAUUAAUAGGCCAUCACCCAACCGAAUCGGAUUCGUCAUCAUCAUCUUUUACUUGCAUGAAGAUGUCAGACUGUUGUGAUACUACUACUACUACUACUAGCAGUAUUAGUAGUACCGUUAUUGGUAUACAUAUUCCUUUAACUAGUAGUAGCACUCCUGUUUUUCCAAAAUCAGUAUUGAGCGUACACUCAAAGUGUCUGGUUGCUAUAAUUGUUGAUGCUACACAUAAUAUCAUUAUUUAUGCUCCACCAGCAUACACUGAACUAAUUGGUUUAUCGUGGGUCACUACAAUCGGUUUAAAAUUGAACGAAUUAAUUUCUCGGCAAGUAUCAGUAGGGGUUUCAUCAGAAUUAAGGAGUCAUAACUGUUGCCAUUAUCUUCGCAAUUUGCAGUAUGGUAAAUACAGUUCUGUUGAUAAUAUGAUCACAAAUCCUAAACAAAAGUCAGUACAAUCUCAUCUGAAUGAUAUGGAAUAUGUUGAAUAUGACCCAAUAGCAAUAUCUAGCCACACACUCAAAUCAACACAGAUUCAUCAACAGAUUGAACAACCUUUGUCGUGUGAAAUGAUUUGGCCAUCAUCUUGUGGAAUAACCAAUCGCCCACUGUGUCUCAGUUCUGUUUUACCAAAACCAACAUCAGUAUCUCCAUCACAUAUAGAAUGCUCAGAACACUCGAACGACGAAAUAAAUCCCGGAAGUGUACAAAGUUUUCAAGAUCCUCCUAUUACAAAUACAUCAAUUUCUAAACACAUAGCGGAACAGUACGUAUUAUGUUGGAAUAGUUCAAAUUUAUGUAUAAGAAAUAAAUUUUCAAAACAUGAAGAUUUCACUUUAGAUAUCGGCUGUAGUUCGCCGUCGUCAUCAUCAUCGUCCCCAUUACCGUUUUUAAAUAAUCAUAUAAAUUGCAAACAAACCAAUAACUUUUCUUUUAAUCCUAAUCAUAACAUUAACAACAGAACUGAUAUUGGAUAUUGUAAUGCAAACGAAAUAUUGUUACACAAUAACAAUGAUUCAAAUAAUAACCCUUGCAAUAAUGGAGGCGGCAGUGAAGCUGAUUCUUCAUUUAAACCAAAUCGAGCAAAUGAUGUAAAUCUUCGUAUAUAUUUAUUACAACCUAUUCAUUUAUCAAAUAUUAACAAUAAUAUGCAUAAUUAUGUCAAUAAAGAAAAUCAUGAAUCAUGUUUUACUGAUGGUAACCAUGUUAUUAAUUGUAGUAAAAUCCAUAAUUCAGAUCGUAAUAAUAACAAUACUAUGAAUGGUAAUAAUAUUAGUUAUAAUAAAAACAAGAAUAACGAUUAUGAUUUCACUAGGAAUUCAUCAUUUUCAAUAAAUGAUGAAAAUAGAAAUAAUACUGUACAGAAAAAUAAUACAUUGGUAAAAUUUAUCAAUAAAAAUAAUAAUUCAUGUUGCACAGGCUUAUCAAAUUCAUGUAAAACAUGUCAUUCAACAAAAAAUCUACAAUUUAUAGAUAUUGCUAAUGAUUUCUUAACCCAGUCGGGUUAUACAAAAGUCGACCUUUUAAAUAAAUGUUUAUUCGAUCUGAUACACAUCGAUGAUUUGGUGCAUAUAUCUGAAGCUAUAAAUAUAGUUAAUGAAAAUCAACCGGUGGUCACUUCAUUUUAUCGAUUACGAUUAAAAUGUGGAAAAUAUUGUUGGGCUCGUAUGUUAAUUUUUUAUUGCAAACAAUCAUAUCGUUUGUCAAACUCACCGUCAAUAUAUACAAAUAAUCGAUUAAAUAAUUAUCAAUAUCCGAUCAAUGAAAUAUCAAAUUAUUAUAUGAACUGUAAUGAAACUUGUAUGACAAAUAUUGACAAUAAUUUUUCAUCAUCUCAAUUAGGAAAUUUUGAUGAAUUGAAUUCUUUUGAUAAAUGUACAUCUUCAGAAAUAUUGAUCUGUUGUCAUCAAUUAUCGCAUUUCUAUCAUUGCAAUGAUUUAUCGGAAAGUUCAUUGACUAUUGAAAAAGAGAUAUCCAAUCGUCUCAAUGUUGUCAAGCGACCUCAAUCCGAACUAAUUAACUAUGAACAUUUACAUGGAUAUAAUGAUUCCACAUCUGAUUCAUCAGUAUUUACAUCUCACUUAUCAACAACAACACUAACUGAUCAACAAGACCUUGUGACAAAGUCUAAUAAUAACAGUAAUCAAAUGAAAUGCGAGUAUGAAACUACUAAUUUUGUAUCCGAUUCAUAUGAAUCACAAUACAUCUCGGUUCCAGCAUCAUCUUAUGUUCAAGGCUAUCCUACAUUCCCGUCAGAUGAACCAAGUCAUUUGGAUGCAUUGAUUCCAUCAUCUUCACCAUCUAAUGAAAAAAAAAUAUCGUCUGGACUAUCUUUUAAUUCAUCCAUUUCUUUAUCUCCCUGUCAACAUUUUCAAAGUUAUGCUACUACAUCAAGAGAAAAGGACAUACGUAUUACAAAUGAUCAAGAAGGUUUCAAUUUAAGUACAAUCGGACUGAAAACGAAAUCAGAUGAACAUCAUUUGUUCGAUCAUUCUGAACAUUCUGUUGUCGCUAAUCUUAAGAAUACUAGUUCUGAUUCAAUGAAGAAAAAUAUCACAAAUUUAUCUUGUUCAAAUACUAAAUUGUGUACCCAUAGUUCGUCUUUACUUCAAGAUGUAUUUUAUAAUAAGCUUGGUAAUUCAUGUUCAACAACUACAACUGAUUCUAGAAUGAAUCCUGUGGUUAGUUGUAAUGUUGAGUCACAGUCAACAAGUCAAGUAUUCAAACAAAUUUUACCCAAUAAACUAUUCAGUUCUUCUGAACAAUAUGAAUAUCAGAGGAAUCCAUUUAACUACAGUCUACUCAAUAAUACAAAAAUGUCUAAAUUUUCAGAUCACAGUCAUUAUCAUCCGUACACGAAUUGUCAUGGCCGCUGUUUCAGAAACUCAAAUUCACAUCGUUUUGUUCAAAAGCCACAUAUCGAAUCAAGUAAUACUUCCGUGAAUAUUUUUGAUUAUUCGGCAAAGGGUUACAGCCCAACAUUUCUUCCACAGGCUCAUAUUUGUCCAGUAACUAAUGAUGUUAUCCAUAAAGAAUUUGACGAUGUGUAUCUUGUGCCUCAUAAAAAGCCUCGUUUAUAUCCACCAAUUAACAAUAAAGAUACAAAUGAAUUCAAUCCUAUCUCUAAUAAUGUCAAUCAUUCAAAUGAACCAUUCAAUCAUAUGAUAAAUGGAUUACAGUUCAAAAAUUUCAUAAAUAAUCAUUAUUUUUCUACAGUUAAUAAUGACCAGCAUCACUUGUAUAAACAUGUAUAUGAUUAUACUGAUAAUCAUAUUGAUAACGAUAAUUAUGAUGGUUAUGAUGACGAGGAUGAUGAUGAUUUCAAUGAUUACGGUAAAAAUUAUAUAUUUCAAAAUUCUAAUACAUUUCAAUGUUACAACAAUUAUGAAUUAUUAAGUCUUGAUCCACAAUAUUAUCAUCAAAAUAGUCAAUAUCAUCUUGAUUAUCAACAACAACAACAGCAGCAGCAACAGUCUCAACCAUUAUUGUUACAUCAUCACCAUCAACAGUCGUAUACAUUUGACACUUUCACUAAUAAUAGUGCACUAAUCUACUGAAUCAAAUCGAGUGUUGAUAAUGAUUACUAUGCUAUCUACUAAAUGUGUUUGUAUGCUUGCUUGUAUCACUGUCUGUAUGUGUGCGUGUUACUAGUAAGUACCGUUGGAACUUUUAUUUGGUUAUUCUCAUUCUUUUUACUAUUUUUGUUUCUAGUUUUGUCUUUCAUGCUUUCUUUCUUUGGCUUAUUAUUUUGCAAACAGUUUUUUUGUUUUUAUAUUUUUGUUAGGAAACUUUAUUGGCUAGUCCCAUCCCACCUUGCAUACACAUACACUUGUUUUUGUUUAUUAUCCAUCACUGAGAUUAUACAACGAUCAAUGUCAUCACUUUAUCUUUUAUUUAUGUACUGAUUGAUCUAGGAAAUCAUGAUUAUUUUAAUAGACUUAUUGUUUUAAUAAUUAUUUUGUUAGUUUUUGGCCCCCUCUCCAUUCCCCCGGAAAUAUAUCAGAAACUUAUUAUUACUAUCAUUAUUUCUCUAUCCGUCAUUUGUGAUUGCUAUGACAUAUGUUUAUUGUCUGUGUUGAUUUCUCUCUUGUCUAUCAGUGUUUCGUUUGUAUUUUUCCUAUCGUUUCGUUUUGUUUAUUUGUCUUUUUUCAAUUUAAAAGAUAAACCAUUUUUUAGUUCCUAUGAUAUUUCUGGCCCAUACAAAAUAAAGCCAACGCAAUUUCGUUCAUGAUAAUAAUUACAACAAUAAUCAUGAUACAGUGGAAUUUUUAAAAACUUUUUAUGCUCUCCUUAUCUUUCUUUUUUUUCUUAUGUCAUCUCUUAUUUAAACAAAAAAAGUUCAACAAUUAAGAUAACUUCGUUUUUU